AUGGACGAGGAUGUUAAAGGAGAAACUAUUUCGGAGCUAUCAGAAAUUGAUUUUUCGUGGGAGGUACUUUUAAACCAACCGAAUAAUGGUGGCAAUACACCAUUGCAUCUUGCUACCUUUUCCAGAAGUAUAGCUUGUGUAUGUGCUCUGACAAAUGCAAGAGUAGAUAAGACAGCCAGGAACAACAUGAACUUGACAGCUUAUGACAUUGCUCGCUAUCUAUACAAAUCCUCAAGUCAACAAAAGAGCAAAUUCCUCGACAAGUGGCGGAAAAUUAUAAAAACGGUAUGUCCGGAUGAAAAGGUCUCUCUCCAAUCACGUGAGCCAUCCCUGUGGAUAAAAACUUUGGUACCUAAAUUUGUGCCAAUAGCUAAAGAAGAUGAGGAAGAUAAAGAUGAUGAAAAAUAUCGUAAAAGGGUUUCCAAGACACAUAUGCUAGUGGCAACGCUGAUUGCCACUGUAUCUCUUGCUGCGGCUUUCCAAAUUCCAGGAGGUUAUGAGACUGCUGGAGAAACGAAAGGCAUGGCAGUUCUUGCAGGAAAAACAGCUUUCAGGGGUUUUGUGAUAGCAGAUAUGAUAGCACUUUCAUGUUCUGUGCUCACUCUAGUACUCUACUUCUUUGCAGAUAUUUUUGAUAUUGAUAACCCUCCUAAAUUCAGAACCAUUGCCAUAUGUGGGUUUCUAAUUCUUCUUGCAGUCACUUUCAUGAUGGAAGCAUUCGCGUGUGCUAUGGUUUCGGUGUUGCCAAGAACACAUUCCUCGUGGGUCAAAUAUCUUACCACUUACGUCUGUAUCAGUAUUCCCGCCAUUGGUUUGCUCUUGGCUUGGUGGUUUCAUCAGAAGAAAGACGAUAAAUUCUUGAAACAAAAUUUGAUUUCUAUGGUUGAUGGCGAUGCUUAA